AAAGCUGAGGAAUGCCUGUGGCUGCGUUCUGUACAGGGCCCGGUGGCUGACAGGGCAGGAAACCGUUGAUGGUGCUCUCUUGUUUUUAAUUUCCCCCUUCUUUUUUCUCUUUUGCACAUAGAGUCUCAUGUCUAAUACGAUUUAGACAUGAUGAGCUGUGUGCAGGGAGCCUUUUUGAUCUUCCUUGCUGUGUGGCAAUCCUCAGUUAUUUUGGCACAACAAGAUGUUGUCCUAGGUGCAUGUACCCACCUUGGCCAAGUGUAUGCCGACAGGGAUGUGUGGAAACCAGAACCAUGCCAAAUCUGUGUGUGUGACCAAGGAUCUGUUCUUUGUGAUGACAUCAUAUGCGAUGAACAGGAAUUAGAUUGCCCCAAUCCGGAAAUUCCAUUUGGAGAAUGUUGCCCAGUUUGUCCGCAGCCAACGACCCCUCCUCCUAAUCCUUCUGGUCCUGUACAACAAGGUCCUCAAGGCCCCAGGGGAGAUCCUGGUCCACCUGGUACUCCUGGAAGAAAUGGCUCCCCUGGUCUACCUGGCCAGCCAGGAACCCCAGGCAACCCUGGACCGCCCGGAGUCUGCCAAAACUGCCCCAGUGUCGGUGGAGGACAACCUCAGUAUGAGUCCUAUGACACCAAGUCCGGAUCUGGACCGUACCCUCUUGUACCUGCAGCUCCUGGCCCACCUGGUCUUCCUGGUCCCGUUGGUCAACAAGGCCCACCUGGACCCCCUGGAUACCAAGGUCCUCCUGGUGAACCUGGACAAGCUGGCAGCCCAGGCCCCGUUGGUCCACCAGGAAUGAUUGGUCCACCUGGCCCCUCUGGAAAAGAUGGAGAAUCUGGCAGACCUGGCAGACCUGGUGAACGUGGAUUGCCUGGCCCUCCUGGCCACAAGGGUCCAUCUGGUAUGCCUGGAAUGCCUGGGAUGAAAGGUCACAGGGGUUUUGAUGGGAGAGAUGGUGCCAAAGGUGAUGCUGGUGCUCCUGGUUUAAAGGGUGAAAAUGGUCUUCCUGGAGAAAAUGGAUCCCCUGGACCAAUGGGUCCAAGAGGUCAACCUGGUGAAAGAGGAAGACCAGGACUUCCAGGAACUGCUGGUUCUCGUGGUAAUGAUGGUUCUCCUGGAGCAGCUGGCCAACCUGGCCCUCCAGGCCCUCCUGGACCUUCAGGAUUUCCAGGUUCUCCAGGUUUCAAGGGUGAAACUGGCCCUUCUGGGCCCCCAGGCUCCAGUGGGCCUCCUGGGCCAAGAGGAGAACCUGGUCCUCAAGGGCAGACCGGUGGCGUUGGUCCUCCUGGUCCUUCAGGACGUGAUGGAAGCCCGGGUGCAAAAGGUCUACCAGGCACUGCUGGCAUUUCUGGCCCUCCAGGGCUAAGUGGAGCCCGUGGUCCUCCUGGCCCACCUGGGACGAAUGGAAUCCCUGGACAAAGAGGCCCAUCUGGUGAACCUGGCAAGAAUGGAGCAAAAGGCGAGCCAGGACAACGAGGUGAACGUGGAGAAAAUGGUACCCCCGGUUCCGCUGGACCUCCAGGGGAAGAAGGCAAGGCUGGAGCACCAGGCCAGCCAGGCACAAAUGGUUUGCCUGGGACCCCAGGAGAAAGGGGUGCCCCCGGUUUCCGUGGUCCUGCUGGUAGCAGUGGACCUCCUGGCGAAAAGGGUGCUCCUGGUGAACGAGGUGGUCCCGGAAGUCCUGGGCCUAGAGGAAUUCAGGGUGAAUCCGGUCGAGAUGGAAGCCCUGGUCUUCCAGGAAUGAGAGGCUUAACAGGAAGUCCAGGAGCCCCAGGAUCAGAUGGAAAACCAGGCCCUUCUGGCCCGCCAGGAGAAUCAGGGCGAAGUGGUCCUCCAGGCCCAGCAGGUCCACGAGGUCAACCAGGUGUGAUGGGUUUCCCUGGUCCAAAGGGUAAUGAGGGUGCACCAGGUAAAAAUGGAGAAAGAGGUUCUCCUGGACCUCCUGGAGGACAGGGUAUACCUGGAAAGGACGGUGAAUCAGGAGCCCAAGGUCCCCCAGGACCUGCUGGCCCUACAGGUGAAAGAGGAGAACCAGGAGCAAUCGGGCCCCCAGGAUUCCAGGGACUGCCUGGCGGCGCAGGACCACCUGGAGAGAAUGGAAAACCCGGAGAAGCAGGUCCAAGAGGUGAAAAUGGAGCACCAGGACUCCCAGGAUCGAAGGGUGAAAACGGCAUCCCGGGUGAACGAGGCGGACAAGGUCCUCCAGGAACCCCAGGAGUUAGAGGAGGUGUUGGCCCAGCUGGACCAGAAGGCGCAAAAGGUCCUCCUGGCGCACCAGGUCCCCCUGGCAAUAUGGGACCACCGGGAUUGCAGGGAAUGCCUGGAGAGAGAGGAGGUUCUGGAAAUCCUGGACCCAAAGGGGAUAAGGGUGAGCCUGGUGGAAGAGGUGGAGAUGGUUUACCUGGGAAAGAUGGAUUAAGAGGUCCUGUUGGAUCCAUCGGACCCCCUGGCCCUGCUGGCCAACCUGGUGACAAGGGAGAGUCUGGCCCAGCUGGUCCUCCUGGCCCAACAGGUGCCCGUGGUGGUCCCGGCGACAGAGGUGAACAAGGUCCCCCUGGUCCCGCCGGCUUCCCAGGAGCUCCUGGACAAAAUGGAGAGCCUGGUGGAAAAGGUGACAAAGGCCCUGCUGGUGAACGAGGUGAAGCCGGCCCCCCAGGGGCUGCUGGUCCACCCGGAGGCCCUGGUUCACCAGGUCCUGCAGGUCCACAAGGAGGAAAAGGAGAACGUGGGUCCCCAGGCCCCCCAGGUCAGGCUGGCUUUCCUGGAAGUCGCGGCUUACCUGGUCCUCCGGGUAACAAUGGUAGCCCAGGGCAACCUGGCAAUGCAGGCCCCGCAGGCAAAGACGGCCCUCCUGGUCCCUCUGGUUCUACCGGUGCUACUGGCCCCCCUGGUGCUGCAGGUCCAAAAGGUGAGCCUGGCCAGCCAGGUGAAAAAGGUCCAGCAGGUGCAAGAGGAGAACCGGGUUCACCUGGUCCUUCAGGAUUUCCGGGCCCAUCUGGACAACGUGGUAUUGUUGGACUGCCAGGCGGGAGAGGUUUGCCCGGCCCUGCUGGUUUAGCUGGUCCAAGGGGUGAAGAUGGCAAACCAGGAACCAAUGGCAGCCCAGGAGAACGAGGCCCUCCGGGACCACAAGGUCCCUCUGGCAUUAGUGGACCUCCUGGAGAGUCAGGCAGAGAUGGUAACCCUGGAUCAGAUGGUGUGCCAGGUCGUGAUGGAUCACCAGGACCAAAGGGUGAUCGUGGUGAAAAUGGUUCUCCUGGUCUACCUGGGGCUCCAGGCCAUCUUGGUCCCCCCGGUGCUCCUGGUGCAGCUGGAAAACCAGGCGACAGAGGGCAGCCAGGAUCUGCUGGUCCAGCUGGCCCCGCUGGCCCUGCCGGCGCUCGUGGUGCUCCCGGUCCCGCUGGUCCACGUGGUGAUAAAGGUGAAGCUGGUGAACGUGGUCUCAAUGGAAUCAAGGGUCAUCGAGGAUUCCCUGGUAACCCAGGACCCCCUGGUCCAUCUGGGGCAUUGGGUCCUCAAGGUCCAAACGGAAGCCCAGGACCUGCAGGUGCUAGAGGUCCCCCUGGACCAAGUGGGCCCCCUGGAAAAGAUGGAACAAGUGGCUACCCCGGUCCCAUUGGCCCACCAGGUCCUCGUGGAAACAGAGGCGAAUCUGGUCCUGCGGGUAUACCUGGUAACACUGGUCCUCCAGGUCCUCCUGGUCAACCUGGAGCUCCUGGUCCUUGCUGCGGUGGUGCUGAAGCUGCUGGUCUCCAAGGUUUUGAAAAAGGACCGUCCUACUACCGAGACCAGCCACCUGAGGACAAAAUUGCCAUGAGUGAUGUUAUAACUUCACUGAAAUCAAUCAACAACCAGAUUGAAAACAUCGUCAGCCCUGAUGGCUCACGGAAGAACCCAGCCCGCAACUGCCGAGAUCUCAAGUUCUGCCAUCCUGAUCUUAAGAGUGGAGAGUACUGGAUCGAUCCUAACCAAGGUUGCAAAUUGGACGCUAUUAAAGUAUUCUGCAACAUGGAAACUGGAGAGACGUGCAUCAAUGCCACUCCAGGAAGUGUCCCGCAGAAGAACUGGUGGACAAGCCCAGGGCCAGAAAAGAAACAUAUUUGGUUUGGAGAGUCUAUGAAUGGAGGAUUUCAGUUCAGCUAUGGAGAUCCAGAGCUUCCAGAAGAAGUGGCAGAUGUUCAGCUGGCAUUCCUCAGAAUCCUGUCUAGCCGAGCCUCUCAGAAUAUCACCUACCACUGUAAAAACAGCAUAGCGUACAUGGACGAGGCCAGUGGGAAUGUAAAGAGAGCACUGAAACUUAUGAGUUCUACUGACAGUGAGAUCAAGGCAGAAGGAAACAACAAGUUCACAUACACUGUUCUGGAAGAUGGCUGUACUAAGCACACGGGUGAAUGGGGUAGAACAGUCUUCGAGUACAGAACACGCAAGACCAUGAGGCUGCCUAUAGUAGAUGUUGCACCCUUCGACAUUGGCGCUCCCAAUCAGGAAUUUGGUGUGGACAUUGGCCCAGUUUGCUUCUUAUAAACGAAGAAUAAUGCUCAUUCUGAAUCCCAACAAACAAAUCCACACUCCAUCUUUGCUCUUGUUUUAACAUUGUCAACUAUUCUCCUCAGAUCAACUGUAUCCCAGUUAUUUAUUUGCAAAAAAUUUCAGAUUGACAGUGGAGGGGGGAGGGAGAAAUAAAUUGACACAAAGGGUUACCACUUUCUUACUUCGCUUUUACACAAAAUGCAACCAAGUGCUUUUUGUUUUAUUUCUUUCACCCGAACCCUGUCUUCAAACAAUAUCUCCAUGGUGCUACGUUACAACUUCAACACUCAGUACAACAGAACUGUCCUACGUUAGCUGAAUUCUUGCCCGCCCCUCAAGCACUGACGGAUUCCAGCAUCCAAGUUCAUCUUCCAUGAUAAGAUGCAGUUCAUAAAGCUAAAGAGAAUUCCCUGUUUCAACUACCUCAGCAUGGACAGAAACUGGGAUGAGUGCGAUGAUUCACACCGAGAAAAUCCAAGACAUCUAUGUUGGAAUCAAUGGGUCAAUCUGACAUUGGGUCAGAUUUUUGUUGGUUUCCUUACUGAUUGUGGUGAAUUUAGUGCAGGCCAUCAGAAGAAGUGAAUGCCCUCGUGUCAACACCUAAUAUAAUUUUAUUGCUGGACUGCAUUGUGUUUUUAAAAGGGUGCUCCUAUACUUUCCUGUCAUUGCUGGUCAAGACCACUAAAAUUAGGGAAGUGUAAAAAAAAAUUAAUGUGAUGGUGCUAGCUGUGUGAUUUACACUCCUAAAUCUGCAAGCCAGGUUUAUUGACUUGCAUUAAAACAUGGAGGCUUGACAACAAUGGUAAAGGUCUUUCAUUGAAGGUCAUAUUGUUGGUAGGCCGUUUCUGAGGGCUUUUCUUCCUUCCCUCUGUAAAAGUCAAUAAAGAUGCAGAAUCAUGAACUUCUUUUGUCACAUUAACACAUUUAUAAGUGUUGGAGGUUAUCCAUCUUUGUAAGCUUUUAUACGGUUGUCGGUCUUCUUUUUCCUUACAGAGACACAUAAUAAAAUAUUGUAAUAAAACUCUGAA